CUAUUGAACACAGGACAUAAUUUUGGUGUGAACAUGGCAGCAAGCAAUUAAAUAGUUGCACGAACGGUUGUGGCAAGAUCACUAGAAGUAUGCAAUCACUUAUAGUAUGAAUUUCAUUGAAUUAAUUAUGUUAAUUGUGUUAUUUUUAGGAAUUUUAUAAUUGUAUUCACGUCGCAAUAAAUUAUUGAAUUGGGAUCUUGCCUUCUUUACACCGCCCCCGCAACAGCUUAUAAAAUUCUUCUAUGGCGUCGAAGAAGUUGCCUUGUUCCGCUCUAGAACCACCCGGGUUGACCGAAGGUAAUCCGGACAACAAAGUUGAUGGGAUCGUUACGACUAGCGCAAGUAAACCUUCUGUCGUCAUCGUACCACCUCCCAAUGCCGAAAAUCAGGUAGCCGUCGAUAUUGCCGGUAGUAUGUUGCCCUCACAUUCAAAACAAAUACACAUCGACAACGAUGAUCAGAACAGCGCCGCUUCUGCAAACAAUGCUAGACGAAAUCCGUUGCGCAAAGUAAGGAGAGAAAUGCAUCAUUUGUGCCAGCUGUGUGAUGAGCGUGAUACAAAAGAUAUGGUGCAAUGCGCAGAAUGUAACUGGUGGUUUCACCUCAAAUGUGUACAAAUUACCAGAGAUUUCGCUACCGUUAAUUGGACAUGCAGAAGCUGUAAAGCUCCAUACAUGCUUGCCGACAAGCAACAACGACAAAUUGCUCCCCCGGAUACACUGUCAAAGCUACCAAAAUCACGAAGCUUGAAGAGCAAAGCUAGCUCUACCAGUGAAGCAAGGAAAUUGAUCGAACUUGAAAUGAGGAAGUUGGAAGAAGAAUUCCAGAUGGAAAAGCGGUUCAUCGAGAAAAAGUAUGAGUUAUUAAGGGAGUACGCGAGUGAAACGUCUUCAAUCGCUGAGGACAACGAAGAACGCGAGAAUUUGUCUAAGAUAGAGGAAUGGUUGGCCGAAACAUGUGACCAUGGAGAAGCGAUAGACUCUGGAUUAGUUGCAGAAGGAACCAGUGAGCAAACACCGAUCACUCCGGACAAGCUCAAGGAGCAUCGAAUUCCACGGGCUCCGCAAUCGUUGUCAGCACACCAGCGAUGCCAAAGAGACCAGUCCUCUUUUCCUACAUCGGUUCCAGUUAUGCAGAACCAACCGUCGCAACCACGUUUCGUCAACUCACAGCACUCACGGAUUCAGUUCGAAGAUUAUCCAAGGCAACCCUUGGACCUACAGUCUUGCUGUCACCAAAGGCCGUCGAUAUCAGCUCCACGAAACGUAGAGUUUUAUCAUCAACCUAGAGAAACUCGCGAGGAACUUCGAGGAGCGCACUUUCAAUCGAUUCGACAGGCACCGCUUUCCUACCCUGAGGCGCCGAUGAGAUCUACGUUUUAUCCAUCGAUGAAUCCUAUCUUGCCAAAUUCUAUCAAUAAUUUUGCACCACGUCAGCGUUCAACGCCGACACGAACGACCCAGCAAAUAUCCGACCCACCAGCAAUCGAUGAUGAAACUAUUUGUAUACUAAGCCAGAGCCAAAUAGCAGCGCGGCAGGCGAUACCCCGAGACCUUCCUGAAUUCGACGGAGCACUGGAAGAUUGGCCGCUUUUUUACGCUACGUUUAAUUCGUCUACACAAAUGUGCGGUUUAACGAACGAGGAGAACAUGCUCAGACUGCGAAAAUGUUUAAAAGGAAAAGCAUUAGAGGCAGUUAGAUCUGAGUUGCUUCAUCCGUCGAACGUGGCGGAUAUUUUGUCAACCCUAAAGAUGUUAUAUGGCCGUCCAGAGGCAAUCGUUCAAUCCAUCGUUAGGAAAAUUAAAAACCUCCCUCCUCCGAACACGGAAAAUCUUGAAACCGUUGUCAAUUUCGCGUUGACGGUGAAAAAUAUGAUUGCAACAAUCCGUGCUUGCGAGGUCACUGAUUUUAUUUUCAACGCAUCUCUUCGGUACGAAUUAGUUGAGCGUUUGCCGUCCUCUUUGAAGUUAGACUGGGCCAGAUUCUCACGUAACCACCCCAGCCCAAAUCUUGCUGACUUUAGCGCAUGGCUAUAUUCCGUAGCAGAAGAUGCGAGCGCGGUGAUGGCGUCAGGUCACGAACAAAAAAAUCGUGGCAAAAAAGACAGAUUCCUGAAUUACCAUUCCGAAUCGGACUCAUCGACUGAGACUCCUAUCCAAGCAAACUUGGAAACAGUUAAACCUAGUAUUCAGUGCUUGGUAUGUAAGGGAAAAUGUAUGGCCGUGACCAAGUGUGCUCGAUUCGAAGAAUUCAGCGUAGAUUCUAGGUGGGCCACAUUGAAGGAGUGCAAACUAUGCCGCCAGUGUCUGCGAAAGCACAAUGGAUCAUGCAAAUACCAAACGAGAUGUGGUGUGAACGGUUGCACCUUUUUGCAUCACCCUUUACUCCACAAAUCGGAGAACCAAGCUGGCAGUCCUGCAGUUCAAUCUUCAACGGAACCAGAGCAAAAUCCACCGAGCUGCAACGUCCAUCAAGGGCAGUCUGACGUAUUGUUUCGCAUCGUUCCGGUGAAACUUUACGGACCAGGGAAGACAGUAGACACCUUUGCAUUCAUCGACGACGGCUCCGAGUUGACACUCAUUGAGCAAAGUUUAGCUGACGAGCUCGGUAUCGAAGGCCCAACGAAACCGUUACGCUUGAACUGGACAGGGGGAAUGUGUAAGGUAGAUAGUCAAUCAAAGCAAGUGAGCUUACAAAUAUCUGGAGUAAAAGACUCCCACAAGUACGACCUGUUGGAGAUCAACACUAUAGCUUCUCUACAAAUUCGUCCGCAAACCUUGUUGCCAUCCGAGCUGCAAAAAAAAAUCCCCCAUUUAGUUGGGCUUCCGCUUCAAGAAUAUCGGGACGUCACUCCACGAAUUCUAAUCGGCCUGGAUUAUGCUAAUCUUGGAUAUGGAAUGAAGAGUCGUGAAGGAGCACGUACCGAGCCGAUUGCUACAAAAACCCGUUUAGGCUGGAUGGUAUACGGAAAUUGCACUGGAGGUAGAGCUAGCGCCGGUUCUGUAAACUGCCAAAGCAACAAAAACGGCGUAGAUUAUCAAAUAAGAACGAAUUCCCUGGCAUGUAAUUGUGUCUUCUCAGAAAUCAGUUCACAUUGCGACCAUACACCAAGAGCAUCUCGGCAAACCAGAGUUGCGCGUAAACCACAUAGAGACUGCCGCUAUGACAACGCGUCGGAAGGUAUCACUAGAGACUUGAAGCUGGCGUGAAGAAGAAUACGCCUCUGGAGGAUCCUUUGCGCAUUCCGGGGGGACUGUUAGGAGCGCCACAAUAACAACUCUUGUAGUGAUACCCUUAAUAGCCUCUGCGCAAGUGUGCGUCGUAUCUGCGCGUACGGAGAUUGACAGAAAUCAAACAAUAACAGCAUGUAGCUGAACACAAAUCGAUUACCGAUAAAAUAUUUUCUAAUAGACCAGAUAAGCAGCCACAAAGUGUUGCAGAUAUAACUAAAUAAGAAAGUUUCUACAUAGUGAACUCUAGAUUAGAUCGCUAAUGCAGAACUUGAGCAGGGCAUUGUAAACAUAGGCUAGACCGUCGUUUAUGGCCUACGAUUGGUAAGAGAAACCAAAUAUAAUAUCAAAUUAAAUAUAACCUAGUGAACUAUUGAACACAGGACAUAAUUUUGGUGUGAACAUGGCAGCAAGCAAUUAAAUAGUUGCACGAACGGUUGUGGCAAGAUCACUAGAAGUAUGCAAUCACUUAUAGUAUGAAUUUCAUUGAAUUAAUUAUGUUAAUUGUGUUAUUUUUAGGAAUUUUAUAAUUGUAUUCACGUCGCAAUAAAUUAUUGAAUUGGGAUCUUGCCUUCUUUACACCGCCCCC